AUGAAUCGUAAUAAAAUUUCCUUUGGGAAAAUCAAUCUUAACCCAAAUAAACCAGCUGUGGUAACGGAGAAGCCUGCAGAAAGCCAGCAUGACGCUUCAUCUUCAGCGGCCAGUAUCGGUGGUUUCAAGAAAAUGGGUAAGCAACAGCUCAUACGGCAAGUUGAAGAGGUGACUGAAGAUAUGGAAAGUCAGCAUCUUAAAGAAAUAAUGGGUAUAAGCGGUUUUGGGCGUAAAACAGCAAAAGUCUUCGAUAUCAAUGAGCAAAUAGCAAAAGCGCGUGAAGUUGCACCACCAAAACCGCGUACCGAAAGCGAAGAACCUAAACCAAUUGGCAAUGACGAUUCAGAUGAUGAGCCUGCGUUUGGACCUUUACCACCUGAAGCGCUCAGCACAGGAACAGACGGCGAUAAACAAACUGUGUUGAAACCUAAAAGGACAGAUGCUGAUAGUGAUGAUGAUGAUGACGACGAUGAUGAGGAGGAUGAUGACGAUAAUCUUGAACGUAAAAUACCGAAUACUCAUGAGGUGCAAAUGCAGCAUGGUUCGCGCGCCGUACUAGCCCUUGCAGGCGAUCCUGCAGGUGCACGUCUAGUGUCCGGCUCCAUCGACUACGAUAUGUGUUUUUGGGACUUUGCCGGUAUGGAUGCUGGUAUGCGUAGUUUUCGUACCAUACAACCAUGUGAGAAUUAUCCCAUAAGAGCACUACAUUAUUCCGUUACCGGUGAUAUGAUACUGGUAGUGUCGGGUAACUCACAAGCGAAAAUUCUUGAUCGUGAUGGUUUCGAAAAAAUGGAAUGUGUUAAGGGUGAUCAAUAUAUAAGCGACAUGGCACGUACAAAGGGUCACACUGCACAACUCACCUCUGGCUGUUGGCAUCCGUAUACACGUGAAGAAUUUCUUACUGCAGCGCUUGAUGGCACUCUACGCAUUUGGCAUGGUUUAAAGUCCAAGGAGCAAAAGACGGUAAUUAAGACACGAGCGCUGGGUGGUUUGCGUACCAAUGCUUCCGCGUGCACUUUCAAUCGUGAUGCCACCCUAAUCGCCGCUGCUUGUGUAGAUGGUUCGGUGCAAAUGUGGGACACACGUAAAAUGUUUGUUAAUACGACACAUUGUUUGCGUGGCGCACAUCAGAAGGGUUCGGAAAUUACUUCAGUACAAUUUUCGUACUUGGGUACACAGUUGGCCACACGUUCCAAUGAUGAAACUAUGAAGUUGUGGGAUUUGCGUAAGUUUAAAGAACCGCUGCAUACGUGGACUGGACUCUUCUCGCGUUAUGACACCACGGACUGUUGCUUUAGUCCGGAUGACAAAAUGCUGGUGACGGGUGAAUCUUUACCAAAGGGUUCGAAAGAGGCGCAAUUGCAUUUUUAUAACACUCAGACAUUUGAAGAAGUGAAGCGUAUCGCGGUUACCGAUUCGCACGUCAUUAAGGCAAUGUGGCAUCCAAAGCUGAAUCAGAUUUUUGUCGGUUGUGGCAAUGGUGUCAUCAAAUGCUAUUAUGAUGAGCUACUCAGCUCGCGUGGCGCCAAAUUGUGCGUUGUCAAGACACAUCGCAAGAAGAAACAUACAGAAAUGAUCGGUGUAUCGCAGAUAAUUACACCACAUGCGUUACCCAUGUUUAGACAGGAAAAAUCCAAGUCAUCACGCAAGAAAAUGGAGAAAGAGCGUUUGGAUCCUGUUAAAUCACAUCGUCCUGACUUGCCAAUCACCAGCGGCCAAGGUGGUCGUGUGGCAAGUUCAGGUGGCACGCUCUCAUCAUAUGUCAUUAGAAAUUUGGGUCUCAGCAAACGCGUUGACGAUGAUCAAGAUCCACGUGAAGCAAUUUUGAAAUAUGCAAAAGAAGCGGAGGAGAAUCCAUACUGGAUAGCGCCGGCGUACAAAAAGACACAGCCGAAGCCGAUAUUCACAGAAUCGUCUGGUGAGCCCGAUGCAAAGAAACCAAAAGAGGAGUAAUUAAGUUAGAAGAUAACGUGAUAGGGUUUAGAUUUGUGUCAUAGUAUGUAAUUGAAAAUUAAUAAACAAGCGUCAGUGACCAACA